UAAUAUCUUUGCUGCGUGCCAGCUCUGCUGUACAGUGUGUCCACUGCUGAGAGAUUCUCCUCUCCUUGGUGCCGCAGUACCAGUCCGCUGUGUAUUACUCGUUUAUUGCUCAGGUAGCACCAACAAGCCAGAUGUUACAGAUGCUGUGCGUUUGAGAGAAAGGCUUUGGGUAGCUGCCGGGGCAGUUAAUAAUACACACUGACAGACAAACGAUGCAAACACCCCUCUCACUGUGGCCAAAGGCAUGUCACUGGUUUGACCUGUGUGCUGCUGCUGUGCGGCUGCUAGCCUAUCGGCUAAAGUUAGCUACCGGCCGUUAGCCUCGCUGCAGCUGACUGGUCAAGUUAAGCUAGCAGUGAAAAGACAAAUAACACAAUCAAGUUGAGAAAACAACACGGUGUUACUGCUGCAGUAUUUAUUAAACUGUCUGACUCCCGUGCGGACUUGAUCCAGUGUUUCCACCGUCGUUAGGAGGAGAGGGUGACCGGAGAGGGUGACCGGUAGUGACAGCAGCAGCCAGCCACUCAGAUCGAGAGUCUACAAUGUUAGUAGUGUUCAGCGCUACACGCCUUCUCGGAAGAGGGAGAACUUUGCUCCGUGAUCCGGUUAAGAGGAUCGUCGUCAACAUGUCGUCCUCCUCCUGUCCCUCCGGUAAGAGACUGCGGGUUCUGGUGGACGUGGACGGGGUGCUGGCGGACUUCGAGGGGGGGUUCUUGAAGAAGUACCGGGCCCGGUAUCCGGAUGAUCCCUACAUCCCCCUGGAGGACCGGAGAGGCUUCUGGGUGUCGCAUCAGUACGGCCAGCUGAGGACUGACCUGUGUCAAAAAGCCGUCAGUAUCUGGGAGUCCAAGGACUUCUUCAAGGAACUGGAGCCGCUGCCAGGAGGAGUGGCAGCGGUCAAGGAGAUGGCCAAGAUGGAUAACACAGAUGUCUUUCUUUGCACCAGCCCUAUAAAAAACUACAAACACUGCCCGCAUGAGAAGUACUCUUGGAUAGAGAAGCACUUUGGCUAUCACUUUCUGGAGCACGUCAUCCUGACCAGAGACAAGACAGUAGUCUCCGGAGACAUCCUCAUAGACGACAAGCCGGACAUUCUAGGCGUGGAGCCCAACCCGACGUGGGAGCACAUCCUGUUCACCGCCUGCCACAACAAACAUCUCUCCAUCUGCCCCUCCCAGAGACGACUGGAGUCUUGGUCGGACGACUGGAGGGCCAUCCUGGACAGCAAAAGGCAGUGAGGAGCUCCUUCACCAACGAACCCCAGCCCAAGCGGCCUCGCUUCCCGGCCAGUGAAAGAUUCAGGGGUCACUGUCAUCGGCCACGCUGGCGGGUGUCGAGGCACGGAGGGAACGCUGUCUUGCAGAGGCGAUGUCAGAGUUAAUUUCUGAAAAGGAGGAGGGUAAAAUAUUUAGAGGCAAAUGAACAAUAAUAUAUUACACAAAGCAGGCACUUGUUGCUCUCAGUUGGGAGAGGACAUUCACUUGUUUGACCACAAGGGGGCACUCUGAGACCGAGUGUGAAGUGAAGUUUCCAACCUUUCCACCAAUUUCACUGAAGAAACUGAGACAACAAAACAUUGAAUUUCAAAUGGAUACCCAGUAAGCAGCUCUGUGUCUGCAUACUGGAUGCUUUUUGGGUUGUUAUUGUGGACAACCACUGGGGCGGUCUAACUAUGGUCUUCUUUACAAAUCAGUAUGUGCCAGUAUUGUGUUGCAUUAAUGAGUCGGUGGCACAGGAGCACUCCACUACACACUGACAUUUACAAAAAUGUUCUCCACAAGUCGUAUAGGCACUGGCGAGUAUUUACAUAUAUGUACUGUAAGUUGCAAACACUUUAACUGUUAUAGCAGGUCAUCAUUCCACAUGUACUUUUUGGUAGAGUACUGCAAUGUGUCACCGAGUACCACUGUCAUGUAAAUGUAGAAAGAUAUCUCUGAAGCUUUGUAAAGAGCAGAUAUGGUGCUUUUUUAUUUCCUCUGUUUCACAAUGAUCUAUGCAUCUUAAAGGGAUAGUUCAGGUGUUUUGAAGUGGGGUUGUAUGAGGUACUGAUCCAUAGUCAGUGUAUUACCUACAGUAGAUGAUGGUCAG